CUGGGCUCAGAGCGGCGCCGGCAGGCUGAGUGGACGCAUCUCAGCGCCGCGCGACCAGCCCGACUCGGCCGGGAUCCGCCUCAGCCCGGCCCCGCAAUGGGCUGCACCGUGAGCGCCGAGGACAAGGCGGCGGCCGAGCGCUCUAAGAUGAUCGACAAGAACCUGCGCGAAGACGGCGAGAAGGCGGCGCGGGAGGUCAAGCUGCUGUUGCUGGGUGCAGGAGAGUCUGGGAAGAGCACAAUCGUGAAGCAGAUGAAGAUUAUCCAUGAGGAUGGCUACUCAGAAGAGGAGUGCAGGCAAUACAAAGCCGUGGUUUACAGCAACACCAUUCAGUCCAUUAUGGCCAUCAUCAAAGCCAUGGGCAACCUGCAGAUUGACUUCGGCGACCCUGCAAGAGCGGAUGAUGCUCGUCAGUUAUUUGCACUCUCUUGCACUGCAGAGGAGCAGGGAAUCAUGCCAGAGGACCUUGCCAAUGUGAUUCGGAGGCUGUGGGCUGAUAACGGCGUCCAGGCCUGUUUUAACCGCUCCCGAGAGUACCAGCUGAAUGACUCUGCUGCAUACUACCUGAAUGACCUGGAGAGGAUAGCUAGAGGGGAUUACAUUCCAACCCAGCAGGAUGUGCUGAGGACCAGGGUGAAGACCACGGGCAUUGUAGAGACUCACUUCACGUUUAAGGACCUGCAUUUCAAGAUGUUUGACGUGGGCGGACAAAGGUCAGAGAGGAAGAAGUGGAUCCAUUGCUUCGAGGGCGUGACGGCCAUUAUCUUCUGCGUGGCUCUCAGCGCCUACGACCUGGUUCUGGCUGAGGACGAGGAGAUGAACCGGAUGCACGAGAGCAUGAAGCUGUUUGACAGCAUCUGUAACAACAAGUGGUUCACAGACACGUCCAUCAUCCUCUUCCUGAAUAAGAAGGACCUCUUUGAGGAGAAGAUCAUACACAGCCCCCUGACCAUCUGCUUCCCGGAGUACACAGGGGCCAAUAAGUACGAUGAGGCGGCUGGCUACAUCCAGAGCAAGUUUGAGGACCUGAACAAGCGGAAGGACACCAAGGAGAUCUACACACAUUUCACUUGCGCCACCGACACCAAGAACGUGCAGUUCGUCUUCGACGCCGUCACCGAUGUCAUCAUCAAAAACAACCUGAAGGACUGCGGGCUCUUCUAACGGCGGAACGGCACCUGCUGCGGAACAGGGGAAGGAUUACUUGAAUUGCAUGUACCGGAGGAGAGGCUGUCGCCGACGAAGGAAGGACUGCACCAUUUAACAACUUCUGCUUCUUGGUUUUUUGUUUUGUUUUGUUUUUUUCCCUCCUAAUAAAAGACUUUGGUUAAUGAUCAUAACACGAAGGCAGGUCCCAUCUGGGUCCCCCAACUGCCUGCUGCAGGCCGUGUUUCUGUCUGAACCUGCUUGGUAUUUCCCCCCCCGGCCACCCCCACAAGGACUCAUGGGUCACACAGAUCAGUGGCUGCAGAUUGGGACAUUUUCAUCCGGUUAAACUAAAACGCAGCAGCUUCAAAACAAAACAAAAGAUUAUUUUGGGGGUGGGGGAAACCCACAUUUUUAA